AUGCCACGACCAGGACUGAAAAUAAUGAGCGGUAUUCGAUGGCUUGGACCAUUCACCAUGAAUGACCUCGCCAAAUCCAGAGAAGAGACUUUGGCCAGACGAGAUCGUGAAGAGAAAGAAGUGCUUGCUAGAUACCAAGCAGAAAAAGCAAGACAACAUAACCUUGCUAUCAGCGGUGAAUCAAAUACUGCUGCUCCUCCUGAAGUCAUAUUUCGAUCCACUCUUACCCAAUCAGACCAAUCACUCGUGUUUGUCGAUAUGACCAAGCGGUCGCGCCCAGAUUUGAAGAACACCAAGAUGAAUGAUUGGUACAAUGACGAUAAGCUCUUCAAUUCCGAUGACCUGUUCGAAAGUGCUGCCUUUGGGAUAUCAUUGCUACCUGGGUUUUUGAGUAUGAGUCAAAGUGCAAGAGACAAUCUGGCGGAUGCGUUCUCGAUCCUAUUGAGUCGAGCUUUCUAUCUUAACAGGUGGAGUGAGGAGUUUAACCCAAACGAGAAGACUAUUCUCAUGAAGGAUUUGUAUUUGCGCUUCUGUGCGUUAGCAAUCGACGCAGAUCUUGCUCAAGCUUACCGAAAGGAUGCAGAUGAAGAGAUGAGAGAUCUUCAAGAUCUACUUAUUGACGUGAGGGGCUUGAGAUUGGGAAUGGCGAAUGAAGUAGAACCAGAAGCAGUGAGUCAUAAUUCAUAUCGACUCGGUCUCCGUGGAUAUCGAAUUAGACACGUUGCCAAACAUCUUCGCGACACAGCUCAUCGGAAAUACGCCAACAACCAAUCGCUUUCUGGACGACGUCGUCACCCAGGAACCUUCGAGUCCGUCCAUAAUGAGGCUUUUUCGAGGAGGGACACUACUUCAAGGCGAGCAAGAGGACCAGAGAGUGUCACCUAUGAGAAAAACCGACAAGAAGCUUAG